CGCGUAUGUGUCAAACAGUGUCAAAAAUCACUUGUCAAAGUUUUUGGUAAAGUGGCUUCCGGCAUCUACGCGAGUGAACCAACGGGAACAGUCAGUGUCGAAUCGAACCUCACCGAGCGCACCAGAUAAUUCUGGGCAGGUCCUAUAUGACCAUUUUUACAGACUCUAUAAGUCUAAAAACGUAAACAAAAACGAGAAAAUGCAAAUUGUAAAUAGUGUAAAUAGUCGUGUGUGUAAAUAAAUAACGUGGCACCUACUCAAAAAGUGGGGGAACCCUGAUCUCUGACGCCCUGGUGAAAAUUUCGUGGAGGGAAAACUAGACAGUCAGCACAGGCACCCCUGAGAAGCUGCUCAUAUUUUCCAUCGGUAAAACAGAACAACAAAACCUUUCACAAUGGCGGACGACGAGAAAAAAAAAUUGGAAGAGGAAAAGAAGAGGAAACAAGCUGAAAUCGAAAGGAAAAGGGCUGAAGUCCGUGCCCGUAUGGAAGAAGCCUCCAAGGCUAAGAAGGCCAAGAAAGGUUUCAUGACCCCCGAAAGAAAGAAGAAACUUAGGUUGUUGUUGAGAAAGAAAGCCGCUGAAGAACUAAAGAAAGAACAAGAAAGGAAAGCCGCCGAAAGAAGGCGCAUCAUCGAAGAAAGAUGUGGUAAACCAAAACUGAUUGAUGAUGCCAAUGAAGGUACAGUUAAACAAGUUUGCGAGCAAUACUAUAGACGUAUCGUUGAUCUAGAAAAUAAGAAAUACGAUCUAGAAAAAGAAGUAGAAUUCAGAGAAUUCCAGAUUGCCGAUUUGAACAGCCAAGUCAACGACCUCAGGGGCAAAUUCGUUAAACCAACCCUCAAGAAAGUCUCCAAAUACGAAAACAAAUUCGCCAAGCUCCAAAAGAAGGCGGCCGAAUUCAACUUCCGUAACCAACUCAAAGUGGUCAAAAAGAAGGAGUUUACCCUUGAAGAAGAGGACAAAGAGAAAAAACCUGACUGGUCCAAGAAAGGAGAAAAGGUACAAGAAGCCGAGGCAUGAUCACGAUCCUCUUCCUCCAAUGAAACCCUUAUGUUUAAAUAAUAAUUACUUUAAAAUAACACUAUAUUCGUUUUUUUCUUUUCAAGGGUGUGUUUUGUACCGCGUAAUUUUCAAAUAAAACCUGUGUUGUACUGUAAAAUGUAACCGCCCGUGUACAUUAUGUUUAUUUAUAUCAUCAACUGCGUUAAUAUGUGUUUAUAAUUUAUUAAAAGACUUUGAAAAAGGUA